AUGCGCUCGACACAACUUCUCUCGAUAUCUGUACCCAUACCGGGCACUCUUCCUCCCAGCGCCGUGGUAGCAGCUCUACAAGCCGUAGACCCAUUUGUCGCCCACCACCGGACAGUGACGAGCUUGGAAGAAGUCCAGGCUGAUCCGGCAGACACAGCUGACGACCCUUUCUUCGGAGCCUUCGAUGAAUCCUUUCGCGCUUUUCAGAUGCAAGAGCUCGUCAAUCUCGCUCCCGGUCUUGGCAAAACCAUUUCUUACAAGGCCAUCUUUCAGGUAAUACCUGAUGGCCUUCGCUCUCGUGCGAAAGCACCUGUGGGCGUCGUCGUUCGAGCCCAGUGGACGGUGCGCCAACAACAGCACGGCCGAUCGCCCUCGGGUCCUAUAUCACCGGCGGGAUCUGAUAGCACCGCCUCAGGUAGCACGGCGACUGCCGAAGGGGACGAGUUCGAGCUACACGAGCAGGUUCUCCUCGAAUGCAAUUCUCUCCUGAUGCCAUUCAUUACCGAGUCUUGUGUGGCUGUACAUCGUGAAAUUUGUGAGAAUUUCAUGGCGAAGACAUUCAAGGAUUACUUUGGAACCUCGCCGAUGUAUUGA